AUGGCUAUGCCAUUAAGCAAAUCAGGUAUCCCACUCGCUUUUGUUCCUCAACAAUUGCAUUAUGAUACACCACAUGCACCCGCAACAUUCCAUGCUCAAGAAAGCCGUAAGCAUAUCCAAGGUCACUACAUGGUCAUCUUGAAGAAUGGUGUGGACGCCACUACAUUCUUGGCCCAUCGUGAAGCAGUUGCCAGUGCUCAAGAUUCAACAACUGCACGUUUGGCUCAAGGUGAAGCAAAGGGUAUCCGUCACAUCUUUGACUCUCAAGGUGUGAUGCAAGGUUAUUCAGGAUCUUUCACUCCUGAUGUCUUGGCAUACAUCCGUGCUCACCCUGAAGUCGAAUACGUUGAACAAGACUCCAUCGUAACAACUCAAGAAAUGGAAGAUGACGGUCGCAACGUUUGGCAAGAGGACUACCCACCAUCCAUCAAAGCUUCCUCGGAUGGUAUCUCCGCCCAACAAAUCGAACGUUUGUCCCCUUGGGGACUGGUGCGCAUCUCUCAUCGUGAAGGUGUUUCAUUCAAAAACUUUGGUCAAUAUUUGUACAACGUACAUGGCGGUGAAGGUGUUACCGCUUAUGUUAUUGACACGGGUAUCAACAUUUACCAUGAUGAAUUCGAAGGACGUGCUCGUUGGGGUAAGACUAUGCCCGACGACGCAGAUGUAGAUGGAAAUGGUCACGGUACCCACUGUGCUGGUACAAUCGGUUCUAACAAAUAUGGUGUUGCAAAGAAGGCAGAAUUGGUUGCCGUCAAGGUUCUUGGCUCUGGUGGUAGCGGAAGUAUGUCUGAUGUCACUGGUGGUGUUCUUUGGGCUGUCGAAGAUGCCAAAGCAAAGACAAAAGCAAUGGCAGCUAACCCAAGCAGUGCUGCAGCCAAGAAACAUCGUGGAUUUGUGGCCAACAUGAGUCUCGGUGGUGGUCGUAGCCCAAGUUUGGACAAAGCAGUCAACGGUGCCGUUACCAGCGGUUUACACUUUGCUGUUGCUGCCGGAAACGAAAACCAAGAUGCCUGCAACGUUUCACCUGCCGGAGCUGAAAACCCAGUCACAGUUGGUGCAUCUACUUUGGAUGACUUGCGUGCCAGUUUCAGUAACGUUGGUAAAUGUGUUGACGUCUUUGCACCUGGUUUGAACAUCAAAUCUACAUGGAACACCGGUAACACUAGCACAAACAUUAUCAGUGGUACAAGUAUGGCUACUCCUCACGUUGUUGGUAUGUUGGCAUACUUGUUGUCCAUCUAUGGAUCAGAUGAGUUCACGAAGAUCAAUGAUGUUUUGCCAUCUGGUCAUCCACUUGAUAUUGCUGCUGCAAACUCCUUUGACAUCAGUGACUUCUCCACCUCCAUUGCUGGUAAAUUGACCAACUUGUUGCCAAUUCCAGCUUUGGCUUUGGAAUUUGUCGGUGGAUUGUUCGGUGGUAACAAGCAUCAACAAGUUCAAUUGCUCGCUCCUACACCUAAGCCACCAGGUGUUGGUAGUGUCUUGCAUCCAUUUGAUUUGAAGAAGGCCAUGGCCAAGCUAAGCACACCAGGUGUCUUGAAGGAUGUCAAUGGUAGCCCCAACUUGUUGAUCUUCAACAAUGCUACCAAGGACAGCCCAUAA